GAUUGCGUUCGAUCGAACAAAUCGAGAGCAUUGACGUAGUCCACUCUAUUUUCCACUAUUACUUGAAAAAAAUCAGAAUUCAAAAAUCUUCUCGCAAUGAAAACUUAGUUCGAUACCUCAGAAAUGAAAAAACAAGCUAAAUUUUACCAAACAGACUCGAAAAGAGCAUUAAAUGUUGAACAAAUCUCUGUAUCCAGACUCGAAUAAAUGUGCUUUUCGAAUGUUGGACUACGAACUUCCACCGAGCAGCUGCGUUCCGUUGCUCCGUUCAACCCAGCCAUACCCUCCUCAAAGAAAACAUUAUCAGACACUCGCAUCAGUGUAUAGUAUCUCCUUAGUCCUUCGUCGCACGCGCGGAGAGUAAGUAGUGACAAAUGGAUAAAAAUAGUUGUAAAUAGCGUGUGCGCUUUAGCCGAACGUCCGGCUCUACACUUCUCUAUCCCGGGGAAGAUGCGGAGGAUCCGUGUCUCCAGCUCCGCAGCUCUCAGAUCGGAGCUACGUCACAGUUGAGGUAUUUCAUUGUUCGGCUUUCCCGAGUGGUCCCCUGACAGGGCCCGGAGGACACCGACGAGAUGCUCUCCCGUAAGAACAAGGAUCUGCGCACCAUAAAGGAGGGUGUCGUUGGGAAGUAUGUCAAGAAGGAUACCCCGCCGGAGAUGCCCAUUAUCAAUGUCUGGACUACAGAACCAAACAGGAGGGGGCGAAGACUAAACCAACCAGCAAUCACUUCAUCUAUGCCCAUAAGUUCACAACAACCAACUAUGGUACAAAAAUUUGGUAACACUAAGUCCACAUUAAGUGCUGUCGGCUUGGGCAGUCAUGAAGGAAAAUACACGCCAAAUAGUUCAGUCCCUGACUUGGCACAGAGAUUUGCCAGCCUGUCCAUGAACUCUGCUUCAAGCGAUGGGAUGCCUUCGCGUACAGCAACACCAUUGUAUCAGCCAAGUCUGUCGCCAGCUAUGUCUCACACAUAUGUCAAUCAGUAUGCAGGUUCAGAAUAUCACUUGGAUAGAGAUCAACAAACACCACAAUUGCCUUAUUCUUAUGAUAUUGACAGUGGAUAUGAUGAUUAUAAUUCACAAACUCAAUAUAGACAAAAUCCAGGAUAUAGCCAUGCAGUAUCAGAAAGACCUAGCUCAAGAAAUGAGCAAUCAGAGGAAUUACCUUUACCACUAGGUUGGUCAGUUUAUUUUACUCUGCGUGGGAGAAAGUAUUAUGUUGACCAUAAUACGAGAACCACUCAUUGGUCUCAUCCACUGGAAAAAGAAGGAUUACCGACUGGUUGGGAACGAAUAGAUUCACAAGAAUAUGGAGUGUAUUAUGUAAAUCAUAUAACAAGACAAGCACAGUAUCAACAUCCUUGCUAUCCAUCAGAGAUGCAAGCUGUCAGAGUUGUGCCUCCACCGCAGCAUACAAAUUUCCAUUCACACAGUGUCUUAGUACCAGCUAAUCCAUACAUCAACGAAGAGAUUCCUCGUUGGUUGUAUGUUUACAGUAGAGCUUCAGUAGAUUUAGAUCGUAAGUUAAUAUGGGAAAUGUUUCGUUUACCUGAACUUGAGUGUUUUAAUGCAAUGUUAAUAAGACUGUUCACGCAAGAAGUAAGAGAAAUCGUUAUGCGAUACGAAAAAUAUAGAAAUGCUCUUCGAUAUGAGAUAGAACAAAGAUCAAAAGAAAUGAAUGAAGAAGAAUCCACUAAUUCAAACACAAGGGCUAUUUGUACCGAGAUGUUUUGAGCAGAAUUAAUUGACUGAUGUGACUAUUUUUAGACAUGCAUACAAUUUACAAAAAAUAUUUUUUGUAUAGACUAUAUUGUUAAAUAUUAUAUUAUACAAUAUUAACAAUUUUAUCAAUGUAAAUUUUUAAACAAUUAUAAAAAUCAAUUAUUUACGAUUC